CGGCGGGCGCGCAGCAGGGCAGAGCACAGCGGCGGCAGCAGCCCCGGCUCCGGGACGGGGACCGGGACCGGGACGUGCCCCGGGACGGCGGCGAAGGAUGGGUUGCGUGAAGUCAAAGGAGGCUGGUGUCCAAGAGAAGGUGACAAAAACUGACCCCGGCCCCAGCUUCCAGCAGGGCCACUACGUGAGGGACCCCACUGGUGCCAACGGGAGGAGCAAUAAUGUCCCCAGCAGAGCCGUGUCCCUGUCUGAGGAUGACUCGGGGGACAACGUGGUGCUGGCGCUCUAUGACUACGAGGCGAUGCACGCUGGGGAUCUGAGCUUCCAGAAAGGGGAGCAGCUGAAGGUGCUGGAGAAGUUGGGGGAGUGGUGGCAAGCGCAGUCACUGGCGACGGGGUGCGAAGGCUUCAUCCCCAGCAACUACGUUGCCCGAGCCGACUCGCUGGAGACAGAGGAGUGGUUUUUCAAGGGUAUCAGCCGGAAGGAUGCGGAGCGGCAGCUCCUUGGCCCCGGGAAUGUGAUCGGGUCCUUCAUGAUACGGGACAGCGAGACGACGAAAGGCUGCUACUCACUGUCGGUGCGGGAUGGGGACGACCUGCAGGGCAGCACGGUGAAGCAUUACAAGAUCCGGACGCUGGAUAGUGGCGGCUUCUACAUCUCCCCACGCAGCAACUUCAAUACGCUGCAGGAGCUGGUCCAGUACUACAAGGGGCAAAGUGACGGGCUGUGCCAGAAGCUCACCUACCCCUGCUGCGUGCCCAAACCACAGAAGCCCUGGGAGAAAGAUGCCUGGGAGAUCCCUCGGGAGUCGCUGAGGCUGGAGAGGAAGCUGGGAGCCGGGCAGUUCGGAGAAGUGUGGAUGGCUACCUAUAACAAGCACACCAAGGUGGCGGUGAAGACAAUGAAGCCAGGCAGCAUGUCCGUGGAUGCCUUCCUGGAGGAGGCGAACCUGAUGAAGACCCUGCAGCAUGACAAGCUGGUGAAGCUGCACGCGGUUGUCACCAAGGAGGAGCCCAUCUACAUCAUCACCGAGUUCAUGGAGAAAGGGAGCUUGCUGGAUUUCCUGAAGAGCGAGGAGGGGAACAAGCAGCCGCUCCCGAAGCUGAUCGACUUCUCUGCCCAGAUUGCAGAAGGAAUGGCUUUUAUUGAGAAGAGGAACUACAUCCACAGAGACCUGAGAGCUGCCAAUAUUCUGGUGUCGGCAAUAUUGGUGUGCAAGAUUGCAGACUUUGGACUGGCCAGAGUGAUUGAAGACAAUGAGUACAUGGCCCGGGAAGGUGCCAAGUUUCCCAUUAAAUGGACCGCACCAGAAGCCAUCAACUAUGGAUCUUUCACUAUAAAAUCAGAUGUCUGGUCCUUUGGGAUCCUCCUGACUGAGAUCAUUACCUAUGGGCGCAUCCCAUACCCAGGGAUGUCAAGCGUGGAGGUGAUCAGGGCCCUGGAGCACGGGUACCGGAUGCCCCGCACAGAGAACUGCCCUGAGGAGCUGUAUGACAUUAUGAUGAGAUGCUGGAAGACCAAACCGGAGGAUCGUCCCACCUUCGAGUACACACAGAGCAUUUUGGAGGAUUUCUUUACUGCAACAGAGAGCCAGUAUCAGCAGCAGCCGUAACACAGGAGGCUCGGUGAAGACGGCGGAUACCCCGCACUACACCUGCCGUGUUAGUGGCAGCGAGCACAUGCACUCUGCUUUUCCCUGUCCCACUCGUGAUUUGCCUGCGCAUGCCUUCCUCUACCAGCCUGGCCCAGGAACCAGAGCCUUCCUCCUGUGGCUGGGCUGGAAGCAGGGCAGGAGGAAGCCAUGCUCAGGCCAGCCCUCUGGGGCUGCCGGACAGAGGCAGAAGCGACGCGGGGCCAUACCUUGUGCCUUUCACAUGUGCCAGAGUGCCCAUGAGGCGGCUGUUCCGGGAAGCGCUGGCUGGAUGGUGGUUGCCUGUGCCGGCAGCACCACGCAAGGAGGAACAGGGCUGGGUCUGUGUCAGUGACAAAGAAGAAGAACCAACAGAUUAUUACUUUUUUUUAAUCCUUCUGAGAUCUUAUCAUGCUGUUUUGCAGAAGUAGGUGCUUUAGCUGCAAGGGCCUUGGUGAAAUGCUGUUACGUUCUGGUCCCUGCGUGUUGGGGAAAUCCUGGCGGACUCCCACCCGGGCAUGCUGUGAUGCAGUGUGUCGGCUCAUCCUGGGUUUUGAAUGACAAGCGUGGCAGAAACACGUCUCUCCUCGCCCUCCUGGGUUUCCUUCCUAAGUACUUUUCAUGGUAGCCCCUCUGCAGAGCACGAGUUUGGGGAGGUGGGCAGCGCAUGCCGCCAGGUACGGACAGACACAGACGGUGCUUUACAAGGCAAUCCCCAGACGGAUCCCCCCAACUUCUCGAGCCAAAGGCAGCCCCAAGCCAGCCACCGCCAGCCCUGGCCGAGGAGCCCUCUCCCUCCGUGGGAAAGCCCCGCUGCUCCACUCGCAGGCGUGAUUUACCAUCUACCGGGGCAUCUGAAUUAGCAGCAACGAGCCCAGCGUUCCUUGCACAAUUUUAUGCUGUUCUUUAUUUUUUAGUAUUUAACGAUGGGUUAUUUGGGAAAAAGGAGGAAGUUUUUUUUUUUUUUAAAAGAUUGCCCUGUACAGCAGAGAACUUCUGGGACUGUCACUGUCUUUUCCUCAUGCAAAAGGGCAAACACCGUUGCUUCUCUGCUUUUCUAUCAGCUUUGAAACUUCUUUUUGUAAUCAAUAAAGUAUUUAUAGAG